ACCACCACUACCUCAAGCACUCAAGUCGCCAUGUCGCCCACUGCCGCCGCCGCAGAGCCCUCCGCAACCUUCAACGUCGUCUUCCUCGGCGCCGGCGAGAUCCACUUCGGCACGCUCGAGGGCUCCUGGAACCACUCGCUGCGCCUCGAGACGCUGCUCGGUGCCCGCCUGCGCGUGCUGGCGCUCAUCGACCCCGACGUGCCUCGCUCUCGCUCGCGCGUGGCGACCAAGCACGCUCAUGACGACAAGCAUGUGCGCCAGGCGUGGCAGGACACGCUCUGCGCUGCCUCGCCCGAGGAGGCGGCCGAACAGCUGCGCAAGGACGGCAAGGAAGAGGUCCACCUCGUCCUCAUCGGCGCGCCGCCGCACGUCCGAGGCGCACUGGCGCCCGGCCGCGACCUCGAAGUGCGGGUGCUGAAGGCGCUCGGACAUGCAAAGGCCAUCUUCCUCGAGAAGCCCGUCGCUGCGGCUGACCCGCUCACGACGGAGCCGGAAGCGGCCGAGGUGCAGGCGCGCCUGGAGCACUGGGCUACGGGCGGCAAGGUUGUUGGUGUGGGCUACAUGCUCCGAUACCUCCGCCCGAUCCAGCUUAUGAGGCAGCUCAUGAAUGAGCAUCAGCUUCGUCCCAUGUGCAUCAACGCCCGCUACUUUAUGGCAUACGAGCAGGCCGUCAAGACGGCAUGGUGGGACGUCGAGAUCAGCGGCGGUCCGAUCGUCGAGCAGGGCACGCACUUUGUCGACUUGCUGCGCUACCUCGCCGGCGCCUCCAAUCCCGCGCUGCCCGAGACUAUCCUUGCGCACACGGUCACGCACGACGAGCCGGCGGGCCAGGUUUCGAAGCUGAGCUUCGACGAGAAGGCCAUCGUCGAGCCGCACCGCCGCAUCCCGCGCGUCACCAAUGCCGUCUGGAAGCACGCGGACGGCACGGUCGCGAGCCUGAUUCAUGUUGUUGGACUGCAUGCCCCGCCUUAUCAUGCCGAGCUUGAGGUCAUCGCCGACGGCUGGCGCUUCGCGCUGCAGGGCGCGUACGAUCCCGUGCCGAAGUUGGCCGUGCGCAAGCCGGGCUCGUCAGAGGACGAGAUCUUCGAGUUCCCCAACGACGACCCCUUCGAGCACGAGUUCGAAGCGAUAAUCUCCGCCAUCGACGGUGCUGGCGCUACGAACGGCCACGCCAACGGCAACGGCAUCAAGAAGGCCUCGCCCAUCCUCAGCAGCUACGUCGACGCCCGCCAGACGUACAACCUGACGUGGCAGAUCCGCCGUGCUUCUGAACGCUCGCAGAAGGAGCUGGCGGCGCGCAAGCAGAACGGUCACUAGAGCGCGAGACGAGCUUCCAGCGGCUAAGAUAUAGAGACGCGACAGUAAUGAGAG